AUGGGUAAUCAGAGAUCUCCUCUCACUGCCUCCCUUCCAGCUUGCUUUUAUCUCCAGAUGAAAUUCAGUUUACUCCAGCAAGGGUCUGGGCUCUCCUCAUGCUGCAGUUCCCAGCAGCCUGGGGGACAAGGGACAAGAAUAUCUCCCUGUCCCAUGCUCCAGGCUCAGGGGGUCUCAUGGUGCCUUGUGCUGUGCCCCAGCCCUGAGGCCUGUUAUCAAUUCAAAACCUUUCUGUCUCCGUGCCCAGGUCUAGGUCACCUUGGACAGGCAGAUCAGGACUUCAGUCUGCAGCAGCCCCAGGCCAAGGUGACGGUGGCAGCCGGGGAGACGCUCACCCUGAAAUGUACCACAUCUGGAAUCGCUGGACCAGGUCCUGUGAGGUGGCUGAAGGGCUGGGGCAGUGGGAACACGACCAUCUAUGACCAGAGCAAGCAGGAUUCCUCCUCCCGUGUGACGAGAGCAGUGGAGGAAUCCGACACAGACUUCACCAUCCGAAUCAGGAACGUUCAGCCUGAGGACAUGGGCACCUACUACUGUGUGAAGUUUGUCAAGGGGAACACUGGUGAUGAUGAGGUGUUUCAGCAUGGCCGUGGCACGGAGGUGUCUGUGCAAGCCAAACCCAGCCCCCCGCUCGUGUCUGGGCCUGAGCAGAGAGCGAGGCCGGGGCAGUCGGUGCCUUUCACCUGCACGACUGGAGGGUUCUUUCCUGAAAAGAUUGGGCUGAAAUGGUUCAAGAACGCAGACCCCAUGGCCGGUCAGCCACCCCGGGUCACUGAAUGGAAGAUGAAAACCUACAACAUGUCCAGCACAGUGACGGUGACCCUGCAGAAGGAUGACGUCCUCUCUCAGCUCAUCUGUGAGGUGCGGCACUCCACGCUGCCGGCCCCGCUGCGUGGCCGCUACCAGCUCAGCAGAGUCCUGCGAGUUCCCCCCAGCAUCGAAGUGCGCGCUGAGCCGAGCCCCGUUGAGGUGAACCAGACCGUGACCUUCACCUGCCUUGUGAAAGAGUUUUACCCAGCAGAUGUGUCCGUUUCCUGGCUGGAGAAUGGGAUUGAGAUAAAGGUGGAGAACGUCUCCCGGCCGUUGGAGCUCCCCCGGCGUUUGUUUGAGCUGAGAAGCCAGGUAGAGGUGCAAGCCACCGAGGAGAAAAACGGGUCCACGAUCACCUGCAUGGUGGUGCACGAUGCCCAGGCCCCUGCCAACAAAUCAGCCUUCCUGUGGAUCUCCAACCCGGCCCAAGGGGGAUUGAGCAACGGCUUCCAGAUGGGUGACAGCCUUCUGUCCAGCCUCCUCCUCCUGUUGAUGGCUAUCCUGCUGGAGAAGGGGCUCCUCGGUGGGCUCCUCUUCUUCCUCUUCAAGCGCAUGAAUUGGAAAGCAUUGGGCAUGUUGCCCUAUCCCGCUUCACCUCAGUCCCCGGCUCCUGGAGCCGGGUCUCAGGGCUUGGCCGCUGCCAGCAGUGAUGUGUGAAACCUGGAAAUAAACGAACCAGGAUGCAGAGGCUGCCGUGGGCUGCUCCGCGCCGCCAGGCCCGGCCCCGCCUGUGGCCUUACAC